AUGAUCACGGCCGCCCUUCUGCUGCAGAAAAGAGUCCGGCGCAGCGAGAGAGAGAUGACAGAGCCCCUUCGCUAUCUGCUGUUCGAAAAUGGUGCAGCUCUGGCAGUCUUCGGAGAUCGUGGAGAUUAUCAUACGAGCACACGGCAAUCUCGCAACGAGCGUGGUAAUUCCGCGGUGGUCUUAGAGCCAUCCGGGGCAUGCUUCACCCAAGUGCGCCAGGAUGGAACCUGCCACCGUCAGCUCUCGGACUUCUGCAGGCGGGACCUCAUCCCGCACGUGGCCGCUGCUUCCAGCUUCAGGAACGCCCACAGCCCCCGCCCUUACCUCUCGCAAAGAAUACAUGCGACGCUCGAGCAGGGACCACACAACAGUAGUAACAGCAGCAGCAACAACAGCAGGCGGAGGAGGAGGAGGAGGACGCCGAGUCGCAUCGCUCACUGGCCAGCCGCCGCGGAGCCAACCUGCUGCCAUAGUAGUAGCAACAGCAGCAGCACCUUUGUCGUUCGUGGCGCGGACGGGCGCGUCGAGGUCCGCGCCGCCGGCGGCAACGCCAGGCUCACCCUCUCCGCCUCCGGCACGGUCGCGGAGGUCGACUACGCCGUCGCUCUCCCUCCGGGCCCUGGGGCCGCCGCCACCGCCGCCCCCGCGGGACUAAUGCCUCCAGCGGCGGCGGCGGCGGCGACGGCGGCGUGGAGGGAAGGAGAAUAUGAGAAUAAGGGCGGAGGUGGUUCCAGCAGUCGGGGGCGAACCCGGGGACAGCAGCAGGAAAACCCGGGGGCAGCGGAAGGACGGGUGGCGGCGAAUCGAUCGUCUCGCGUUGACGGCGAAGGCUUCGGCGGCGGCGGCGGCGGCGGCAGCAGAAGGGUGUGGGUCACCCGGCGGUUUUUGGUCGGCCGGUCGGCGGCGCCGCCUUUCGACGACGUGCCCCCCGAGUUCUCGCACGCGCUCUCUGUCGCGGUACGGGAGUCGCAAUCCGCCGCCGCCACCGCCGCCGCAGCGGUUGAAACGGGUAGAAAUAGUGUUGGUGGUGGUGGUGAUUUUUCUUUGGGGCGCGUGGGUCCGGCGGCGGCGGCGGUGGCGGCGGCUGGGGGCACCGUGAGUAGAAAGGGCGGGGAGGGGGGGCUGGUGGCGGUUGAGCUGCCGCUGCCGGAGGAACGGCCAGAUCACGCCAGUUGGGACACGCUUCACCAAGGGCCUAGCCUCGACAGCCACCGGGACCCCCUCGCACCGCUGGGGUACUACGGCGACCGGCGGCGGUGCGACAGUGCCGCCCCGACUUUCGCCGCCCGCUCCGCUACCGGUAGUGCUUCUGCUGCCGCAGCCGGUGGUCGUCUUCUAUCCGUGGACGUCAUGGAGCUCGCGGAAGGCCAAGGGUACGCGGGGGAGCUGGCCAUUGUGGUGGAGUCGACGGGGGGCUGCACGUACCGGAUUGUGGUCGGUGAUGGAGGGCAUCAUCGUCGGGCGGGAGAGGGCGGCGUUGGCGUACACGUUGUCGUCCAUGCCGACGGGAGCGAGGUUUGGCUGGAGGGCGGCUUCGUCCGCCUGGUUCGCCCUCCCGCCGCCGCGGCUCAACAACCGCCAAGGCCACAGCGGCAGCAGCAGCAGCAGCAGCAGCGACUCUUUCACGUGUCGGCGGCGAGCACGGUCCGCUUUCGAGUGCCGAGCCCGCGUGCGGAGCAGCACCCGAUCGGUCGCCCGGCUGCCGCCGCUGUUGCUGCCGCGAGCGCUUUAGGCGCUCCUGGCAUCCAUCAGGGUGUGCGGGCGACGGAAGCAGCGGCGGCUGAAGCAGGUGGUGGGUGGACGAGCAUGUCCCUCGGCGCCAUCACCUCUAGAGCCAUCGCGCUGCGGCAGCAGUUCUUGCGGUGUAGCGGUAUCGCGGCGACGGCGGCGGCGGCCGGGAUAAGGGGGGCGGGAGACCACCGAGACAUCGUCAAGAUCAGGCCGCCGCGCGUCGUUGUACAACCGCCGGCGGCGCUUUCUUCGCCGUCAUCGUCGUCAUCGCCGGUUGAGGCCGUCGCGGGGAACGCUGCCGCGCCACGACCCACCACCAAACCCUACGCCCCGCCGGAAGCAGGAGGGGCUCGGUGGCUGGGAUCACCUUCAUCGCGAGGAGGGACAGCGGCAGGUUCACCAUCGGUGGUGGAAUUGGUGGAACGCGGGGGCGCGUCCUUCGUUGCGUUCGCGGACGGCCGGGCGCGGGGGGCCUUCGCGGACCGCACCAUCGUGUCCCUGGGAGCGCCGGUUUUUUACCGCCCGCUUCGAGGGUCCCGCUGCGGCGGCGGCGGCGGCGGCGGAGGCGGUGGCAGGGGAAUAUCCUACUACGGCAGCGGAGGGCCUAAGGGUGUCGCGACAGCGGUAGUCCGACCUGGAUGUUCGGACGUCGACGAGGAGGAGAAAGAAGAAGAAGACCGGGAGAUCGAGUGCAUCCGUGCGGAUGGGACGGUGCUGCGCCUGACCAGGCACUCGCUGGACCGGCGAGGAAGCUUCGGCGGGAGGAGCGGCGGGGGCAACAGUCCCGCCAGUGGUAACUGCGGCGUUGGGGCGCUCAGGCCGUACGUCGUCGCUGUCCUCCGGUUCGCGGACUGGGCGGCGACCCAUCCCGCGGACCGGCGGGCUGCGGCGGGGCGAGAGGCGGCCGGGCGGGCAGCGGCGGCGGCCGAAGCGGAGCGAAACCGUCGCUUCGUCGACCUCCAGCUGUUAGCGGCGAAGAGGAGCGUCGCGCCACCUCCCCUCUUGUGCUACCACCGCGGCGGGCCGGAUCAACGGCAACCCUACGAUGGGAGUCCGUCCGGCGCGGCCGGGAGCAGGCGAGGCGGCCGCAGAAGCGGGGAUGAAGCGAACGCGUCCCCGGGUUUGUGGCGGCGUGCGGUUGGGGUUGGGGGUGAAGAGAACAACGACGACCAGGACAAGGAAAACAGCAGGCCGAGGCGGCCGAGCAACCGUGUUGAUGUGCUAGAGGGGAGUUCCGGGGUAUCGAAGUGGGGGGGUGGCGACGGGGGUCGUCAGAGGAACUCGCUCGUGGCUGGAUUGUUAGAGGCCAACCGCAAGGUCUUGAUGGGAGAAGACUUGUCGAGGAAGUUUCCUCCAGAAAAACUGUAGUUGUAGGGUCGUUCGUGCACGUUUGUUUGGAUGUGCGGACAAAUGCAACCGAAGCAAACAAACAAGCGAGAAGGAGUUAAUUCAAUGGGGGUAGGGGCGUUUUUUCUCUUUGGC